CCAAGACACAGCUGACGACGACGCACCAGUACAACUGCAGCAGUCAGAAUGGCCAACAUGUCGCCUUUUUGUGUUAUAACUGUGAUUACAGCCAUCAUAUUUGGGGGGAACAUUGUAGUAGGGGAUGACUUCACCCAUCACGAGUCUCUGGACGAAGAAGGAAAGUUCCAGCUUCUCUGGAAGUUUGACGACGAGAAGAUCGAGUUCGAGGCCCAGGUGCAGACGACAGGAUGGGUCGGCUUGGGUCUGUCCCCGAACGGAGGCAUGCCGGGAUCCGACAUCGCCAUCGGCUGGGUCAAAGACGGGACUGCGUAUCUCACGGACCGGUAUGCCGAGGCAAAGGCACAGCCCUCUGUGGACGAGAGUCAGGACUGGGAGCUGGUGUCUGGGUACGAGAACGGGACUCACACCGUCCUGAGGUUCAACAGGAAGCUGACGACAUGUGACGUCAGAGACCGCGUCAUCAACGAGGACACCUUGCGUGUGCUGUGGGCGUGGCAUGACCAGGAUCCGGAGGAAGAGUCCGGGGAGAACGGCCCGACCUACCACGGGACCAACAGGGGAGCCAGGGCUACUCUCCUUCUCAAUAGGAAACUCACCGAGACGCCGGCAACAGGGAACACCUACUCAUUCGAUCUGCUGAUGAACAACGUCUCUGUUCCAGAUCAACAGGACACGACGUACUGGUGCCAUGUGUUCGAGUUGCCGAACCUGACCAGCAAACACCAUGUCAUAAAGGCUGAACCAAUCAUCACCCCGGGUAACGAAGGUGUUUUCCACCAUGUCCUCGUGUACAAGUGCAGGACCAACCCAAACAUCACCAUCUUGCCCGCGGAACAUCCGGGACAUGAGUGUCAGUCUCCCAACAUGCCUAUCGACUGGGCUGAGGACUGUUACGAAGGAAGCAUCGUGUCAGCAUGGGCCAUCGGCGGAGGGGACUUAAUCUAUCCAGAGCACGUUGGCUACCCUAUUGGUGAUGACGAAGACAGCGGGUACGUGCUUAUGGAGGUGCACUACGACAAUCCUCAACUGGAAUCAGGCAUACGCGACAGUUCCGGAAUCAGAAUGACGUACACACCAGAGCUGAGAGAUAAUGACGCUGGAACCUUGGAGGUCGGCGUGAUUGUGAACAAAUAUCACGCCAUUCCACCUCGUGCCGUGGACUUCAAGUCUGCCGGGUUCUGCGGUUCACAGUGUCUUAGUGCGUUUAUAGAGGAGCUCGGAGAACCCAUCAAGAUCAUCGGAGUGAUGCUGCACGCCCAUCUGCUGGGCGUCAGGCUGAACGCCAGGCUGAUCCAUAACGGCGUGGAGACGGACAUCGCACGGGACGACAACUACGACUUCAACCUGCAGAACAUGAGGAUGCUGAAGGAGGAAAUCACCGUUCAUCCAGGAGAUACUCUGAUUACCGAGUGCAUCUACAAUUCGGCACAUAAAGAUACUAUGGUCUAUGGAGGACGUGGAACACCAGAGGAGAUGUGCGAAACCUUCUUCCUGUACUACCCGAAGUUCGACAUGAACUUUUGCGACAGCCUGCCGAACGUAUACCAUACGGUCAACUUUGCUGGUGCCCAGGAUUUUACCUUUGACGAAAAUUUCGAUGUUCACUUCACGGCACCAGAACACAUGGUCAACAUGACCUACGAGGAGGUGAUGGAGGCCGUUCCGUGGACUCGCGAGAAAGCACGAGACUUCUCCGAAUUUCUCUUCAAUUCAACAUUCUACUCGUCUUGCCGUGGCACUCCCCAGUCUAACGUUGACGCUGAUGCCCUGCAAGAGUUUGCCCUCCCCUUCCCUCGUGGAACCAGACUACCUACAGAAGACAUCUGCAGCCUGAGAGCCACACCAACCCCUGGCGACGGGCCUGGUCCUGCAGGCGGGUCCACAGCACUGCAGGCACAUCACGCUGCAGGCUAUGUUCUGCUCACUUACCUGGUGGCGCUCGUGCUUACUGUGUGGGCAGAGACGUCAGUGCAGGUUAAGUCAGUUAAAAUGGCCAGCUUGUUGGCGAGUUUUUGUGUUAUAAUUGUAGUUACCGCCAUAUUGGGGGAAAACGUUAUAGCAGCGGACGACUUCACCCACCGCGAGUCUCUGGACGAAGAAGGAAAGUUCCAGCUUCUCUGGAAGUUUGACGACGAGAAGAUCGAGUUCGAGGCCCAGGUGCAGACGACAGGAUGGGUCGGCUUGGGUCUGUCCCCGAACGGAGGCAUGCCGGGAUCAGACAUCGCCAUCGGCUGGGUCAAAGACGGGACUGCGUAUCUCACGGACCGGUAUGCCGAGGCAAAGGCGCAGCCUUCUGUGGACGAGAGUCAGGACUGGGAGCUGGUGUCUGGGUACGAGAACGGGACUCACACCGUCCUGAGGUUCAACAGGAAGCUGACGACAUGUGACGUCAGGGACCGCGUCAUCAACGAGGACACCUUGCGUGUGCUGUGGGCGUGGCAUGACCAGGAUCCGGAGGAAGAGUCCGGGGUGAGCGGCCCGACCUACCACGGGACCAACAGGGGAGCCAGGGCUACUCUGCUUCUCAAUAGGAAACUCACCGAGACGCCUACAACAGGGACUACCUACUCAUUCGAUCUGCUGAUGAACAACGUCCCCAUUCCCGAUAACCAGGACACGACGUACUGGUGCCGUGUGUUCCAGAUGCCGAACCUGCCCAGCAAACACCACAUCAUAAAGGUGGAACCCAUCAUCACUCCUGGUAACGACGGCAUUUUUCACCACGUGCUGCUCUACAAGUGCAGAACGAUCCCCAACAUCACCAUCGUGCCAGAGGAACAUCCGGGACAUGCGUGCCAGUCUCCCAACAUGCCUAGCGACUGGUAUGGCUGUUACGGAGGAAGCAUCGUUGCAGCAUGGGCCAUUGGCGGAGGGGACGUAAUCUAUCCAGAGCACGUUGGUUACCCAAUAAGUGACAGCGAAGACAGCGGGUACGUGCUGAUGGAGGUGCACUACGACAACCCCCAACUGGAAUCAGGUAUGUACGACAGUUCCGGGAUCAGAAUGAUGUACACACCGGAGCUGAGGGAUAACGAUGUUGGGACCUUGGAGGUCGGCGUCAUUGUGAACAAGUAUCACGCCAUCCCUCCUCGUGCCGUGGACUUCAAGUCUGCAGCGUUCUGCAGUUCGCACUGUCUAAACGCAUACAUGGAGGAGCUCGGAGAACCCAUCAAGAUCAUCGGAGUGAUGCUGCACGCCCAUCUGCUGGGCGUCAGGCUGAACGCCAGGCUGAUCCAUAACGGCGUGGAGACGGACAUCGCACGGGACGACAACUACGACUUCAACCUGCAGAACAUGAGGAUGCUGAAGGAGGAAAUCACCGUUUAUCCGGGAGACACUCUGAUUACUGAGUGCAUCUACAACUCGGAACACAAAGACUCUGUGGUGUAUGGAGGACUUGGUACACCACAGGAGAUGUGUGAAAGCUUCUUCCUGUACUACCCGAAGUUCAACACGAGUUUUUGCGAGAGUAUGCCGAACAUACACCACACGGUUACUUUUGCUGGGGUCCAGGAUUAUGAACUGUGCGUGUGAAUGAUUAACCUUAUUCACAGUCUGACCAAUGUGGUUGUUUCGUCCUUGUUAAUGCAAAACGUUUUACGCCAGCGUCAGUCCGUCUUCCGUUGCCAAGACU